CUGCGACGUCAAUCGCGGGGCGUGUGUCUUGCUGGGACACAGUGGAGGUCUAACCUUUGGUUUGCGGAGCGGUCGGGUGUAUUCUCCGCUGCCCCCACGCCCUCGAGGUCUCCGCCACCCGACCCAGCGGCGGAGCCCGCCCGCGCCAGCCGCAGCACCUCCCGCACCGGAUCGCUUCUCGCUGGAGCCGGACCUAGCCCGGCGGCUCCAGUCACUAUGAGUGAAACAUCUUUCAACCUAAUAUCAGAAAAAUGUGACAUUCUAUCCAUUCUUCGGGACCAUCCUGAAAACAGGAUUUACCGGAGGAAAAUCCAGGAACUCAGCAAAAGGUUCACCGCCAUCCGCAAGACCAAAGGGGAUGGGAACUGCUUCUACAGGGCCCUGGGCUAUUCCUACCUGGAGUCCCUGCUGGGGAAGAGCAGGGAGAUCGUCAAGUUCAAAGAACGUGUACUGCAGACUCCAAAUGACCUUCUGGCUGCUGGCUUUGAGGAGCACAAGUUCAGAAAUUUCUUUAAUGCUUUUUACAGCGUGGUGGAACUGGUAGAGAAGGACAGCUCGGUGUCCAGCCUGCUGAAGGUGUUCAACGACCAGAGCACCUCGGACCACAUUGUGCAAUUCCUGCGCCUGCUCACGUCAGCCUUCAUCAAGAACCGAGCAGAUUUCUUCCGGCACUUCAUUGAUGAGGAGAUGGACAUCAAAGACUUCUGCACUCAUGAAGUGGAGCCCAUGGCCACGGAGUGUGACCACAUCCAGAUCACCGCGCUGUCCCAGGCCCUGAGCAUCGCCCUGCAGGUGGAGUACGUGGACGAGAUGGAUACCGCCCUGAACCACCACGUGUUCCCUGAGGGCGCCACCCCUUCAGUUUACCUGCUCUAUAAAACAUCCCACUACAACAUCCUUUACACAGCUGAUACACACUGAUUAAUUUUAGGCCAUGCAGUGGAACCUGUCACCUAAUGGGACUGCAUUCUGAAUGGAACAUUCUGACUUUUCAAUUUUUUAAGCGAUUUAGACUGUAACAAGACGAUGUGCAGCCUUUUGGGCAAAACCCUUGUGAAUGAGGCCUACCCAUUAUGGACUGUGGUAACUUGGUGGCAUUUUUAGUAUUUAUUUUGAUGGAGGAUCAAAUGCUUUCUAACUGGGCCCUUGGCUAUGCACCCCAGUUCCCUGUGAGGCCUGGGUGAGUCACCUGCCCUCUCUGGACUCGUUCUUCAACUGGAAGAGGUUCCUUCAACUGGUAGACCUUCCAUUGUAGAAAAACGGGGUCUCUGGUUUCUCUUUACCAGGGGCAGUGCCUCUCUGCAGCGGAGGAAAAGCUCAAGGUUAGCUGUCUUAACCCAAGUGACUUACCAGGUCUGCAGAGUCCAGUCCAGUCAUUUGUUGGCUCUGGCACAUGGCCUAAUGAGGUCAACUUGAAUGUGAGGGCUGUGAUUGGCUUCAAACUUUCAUGAUGGAUGUGUUUUCCUAUCCCUAACUUAAGGAGAAAAAAAGACCUUCUUUUUUUGCCAAAGUCCAGAAAGGGGUCUUUAGCCUUCAGCAGGAGCUCAAAUUAUUGGGGCCCCUCUACUUCUCUCAGGGCCAGAACUGCCUGACUUCUGGUGGACGAGCCCUUCAGGGUUCUGCUGUCAGCCCCACCUGGACAGAGGCUUACAAGACUAGGGUCUGGACCAGAAUCUGUGUAUUUUUUGUCUGCAGAAAGCUGCAGCUAUCCCAUCAUCCCCAGCAAAUCCUAGGAGUCUGGAUACUUCAUGGCUAGAGACGUCAGCACGCACAGCCAUGGACCCAACUGAGCAGAGCAGAUGCUUUGCAGUCUGCCCUUGGCUUCUUUCUUUCUCACUUCUGCUCAUUUUAUGGGCUGGUGAGAGGGUAGGUGGGAAAGAACAGACAAGCCAUAUAAGUUGGCAGUGUGGAAGAUUUCCACUGUGGAAACUGUCUGGGCAUUCUGGCCAGCAGCUUCCUCAUUUGGCCACCUGGCCAUGCCCCUUAAGCCCCUCACCUUGCUGCCUCAGGACCUUCAAGAUUCUGUCCGUGGGUUGGCAGGCAAGACGGCACCAGUGGGGACCCACACCCUGGCUGGGUGGAGGUGCUGCCAGCAACCUCUCUUCCUCUGUAGGAGGAAACGGAAAAUGCAGGGUAUGGAAUUGCCCUCUGGGGUCCUUCCUUAAUCAAAGGCCACCUUCUCACAGGUUUCAUUCUGCAGGGAUUUAUUGGAAUCUAUUGGUGCUGCUGAGUCUGCGGACAACCCGACUGCACAAGGGCUGGGUAGCAGACUCCUCAGAGUCCUUUUGACACAAAUGUCAGAUUUGUGUUACUCUUCUGCCUUCAUGAAAAGCCGAUGUCAGGAGACUUUAGUUCCAAGCAGGGCCCCUGGUUCCCAUACUACCAUCAGCUGGAGUUUAGAUCCAAAGGCUCUGGCUAAGUCAUUGUCACUUUGUCACAGGAAUGUAAACUUGACUGUCACCUCUGAAUUUGCUCAGUGUCUCACCAUGGUCUAUGACAAGUACAUUGGAAGCGUGGGGUGAACACAUGACAUGAUUUGUGAAUAGCAUCAUCUUUGCCAGACAAGUCUCCAGGGAUCCCUGUUUCCCAACUGAAAGGUGUGAACGGACAUGCACAGGGCCUGGAUGGUGCCUUGGCUGUUCUGAGGGGCUGUAAGGUGGGCUCUGGGCCUUCCAGCCAGGCUCUCAAGCACAGCAGAAGCUCUCACUGGCUGCUAUAUCUUUGUGGCUUGGGUGGUGGCCUCAGAAGCAGAGCUGUUUGACAGACUGGCUAAAGAAAUUCCCUCUGUGAGAUCUGCCUGUGCUGUGCUUCUGGAUCACAGAGCCCCCCAGAAGCUCACAGAGGCCUUCUUCCCAGGACGGAAUCUAUUCUGUCACUUCAGAAUCAGGACACUCAAGCUCUGGCAGAGGCAGGCCAAGUUAAAAUCCAUCGGCCAAAUCUGAACCAUUGCCCUUGUUCCCCCUUCGUUCCCUCUCAGAUCUUUGUCUUGAAGGGAAACCACAAUGGAUGAAAAGACGUGGCAGGCUUUGGCACCUUGUUAAAAUCUAGUCAUCUGUGACAUUACUUUGCUUGUCCACAGCAGCCAGUCACCCUGGCAGUCACACUUCCUGGAUAAUUCUCCCCCAUCACCCCACUGAGCCAUCUCUUUCCAGACCAAAAGCUGGAAGGAGAGAGUUGCUUUGACAGCUUGUUUUUACAACUGCAUAUUUAUAAUGAUACUUUGUCUCCAAAGGAAACUUUAUAAAUCAAUGGGAACAAUUAGCAACAGAAAGAGCACAGUCCCUGCUUUUGCCUGGGUUCCUAUUAUUUAUUUAUUUAUUUUUUAGAUGGAGUGUUGCUCUAUCACCAGGCUGGAGUGCAGUGGCACAAUCUUGGCUCACUGCAACUUCUGCUUCCUGGGUUCAAGCAAUUCUCCUGCCUCAGCCUCCUGAGUAGCUGGGACUACAGACGAGUGCUACCAUGUCUGGCUAAUUUUUUGUAUUUUUAGUAGAGAAGGGGUUUCACCAUGUUAGCCAGGAUGGUAUCAAUCUCCUGACCUUGUGAUCUGCCCACCUUGGCCUCCCAAAGUGCUGGGAUUACAGACAUGAGCUACCGUGCCUGGCCAACUAGGUUCCUAUUUUAAGCACAAAUGAGAGCUCUGGAGCCAGGGUUCAAACCUCAGCAUUGCCACUUACUAGCUGUGUGAUCUUGGCCAAGUCACUUCACCUCCCAGAGCCCCAAUUCCAAAGUUUGUGAAAUGGCAACAAUACCUAUGUAUCACUGGAUUAUUAGUUAAAAUGGAAUGAAAUUCCUUGUGUGAAAACAUCUGUAACACCUGACACUCUCAUUCUAUGGGCUCCACAAAGGGAUGCUCCCAACCUGUCCUUCCUGACAGGAAGCACAGGGCACUGCAGAUGGGGAAGCAUGCCACCUUGGCAGUGACUGUGGCUUCCCAAGCAGGAGGGUCAGGGGAACCAUUAGACAGAGUCUAGGAGCCAAACACAUCGCCACCCUAAGCAGAUACUCAGUGACAAUGAGUGGCUUCCAGGGGCCCUAGGCCCUGCAGGAUGUGGGGCAAGCCCUACAGCUUCCCUGGGCAGUUGGCAAAAACAUUCUCUUAGUAUUAAAAUGGUUUCUAUAA